AUGGCUUGCCUAUAUACCUUCACCAACUGGCCCAUUUACAUAUUCGUUGUUUUGGGCUCUUCUUGUAUUUUUGCCUUAAACCCCAAACAAAGCACCGAAUCGAGAGAAGAAAAUGGCGAGGAACUCAGGAGUAGCCAAGGCACGGCAAUCGCAGCAAGUUCUGCGCAGCGCUUCUUCAUCGUCACAACCUUCCUUCCAAUUCUUUCCAAACCCUGGCUUCUUCAAUCCACACCGCACCAUCUCCGCCACCCACAGCAGCUCCUUCCACCUCCAAACCCUUCUCCAAUUCCCUCCAUCACUUCCCAAACCCUCACUUUCUCCAACUCCGGCCUCUCUCCUCGCCCUCAGGUGCCUCUAAUAUUGUUGUCAUUCAGGCUGAGGAUGAAUUUGGCAGCGCAAUCAGCCAAGCUAAAGCUAAUUUUUUUUUCCUGGGUUUUUUCCGGUUUUCGGAAUUUUUUUUGUUUUGAGAAAACUUGUCAUAUUUUCAUACAAAUUGUCCGAUUUAUAUAUAAAAUUUCAUACAGAUGGAGCUGUGCCAGCACUUUUCUAUUUCACUGCAGUGUGGCAGGUUCAUAUCUCCAAUCAUUGGAGAGUUGAGUGAGCAAUACCCACGCGUAACAACGUAUAAGGUUGACAUCGACGAGGUGCGCAUUCGAAUUGGAAUUUAGUCUUCUGUAAACUUGGAUCAUUUUGUUUUUGGGAACCAUUUUAGUUCUUUUGUGGACUACUUAAAUCCCAGCUUAAGAUUCAGGUCAAAACUCAGAAGAACUCUGAAGUGUUGCUAAUUAGUUUCAUUUGGUU